AUGCAGCAGCUCCGGGACCACAUCUUCUUCUUCUUCGUUGCUCCUGUCACAGGAGCGUUUUCAUUGGCGGCACUUCGUGACCCAUGCAUGGCUUGGAGCAAGCUGGAACGCUCCACGGCAGCAGCGCUGUCGUCUUCCACAACACCACUCGUGUUGCCCAAGGCGUGUGAGUCAGUCAAAGAAACUUCCUUCAAUUGUUCUAGCGGAAGCUCCGGUAGGGUUCUCAUCGCGCUACUUUCGAGGAACCGGCUCGUACGUAGAACCGAUGGGACACUCCCCUCCCGUGGCUCCAUCAGGGUUCCCCCCCUAGUGGCUGGCGGCAGCAUAGUGCGUGAAACUUCAGGGAACGGUAACGAAGGAAGUGUUUGCAUCUCGAGCGGCUUUUCAACAUCCUCGGUGUAUAACGAGGCUGCAUUUGCGGUUUCACUGCGCAGCACAGAUGUGUCUAAGUGUGUGGGACGCUGUUCACAGAGUGGUUGUGAUUGCUGCAGGCUCGUAGCUCGCGUGACAGGACCGCUUGUGCAUGGCGAUGGCACAGUCGUUUUGGGCGGGGGAAAGGAUGGCGCUACCCUAUUGGUGUCAUCCGAUGCGUCGUCCGGCGCCGUUGGGGCAGGUGAUGUUUGCCGUCUCGUUUGCAGCGCACUCAGACGCCCACGCAAAGGGCGGCUUUCGCCCCCAACACUGCCUCGCACGGUCCCUUGUGACUUUGAUCCCUCCUUGCUCCUUCUGCAACUGCUUGUAGAGUCACGUAAAACACUCUUCCCGUCACCGUCUUUUAAAUUCGUUGCAAGUUGUUGCGGGUGA